UGACUGUCAGUCACUGACUGUCAGUCAGUGCUUAGGAAAAGAACAGUAGUGCCCCUCACCCUACCUGGGGUCCUCACUCAGCAGCAGAAGACAUGGCACUCCACUAUAAAGAGUUCAUCACUGCAGGCAAGACAGCCGGUCUGCAGAUUUGGCGGAUCGAGAAUCUGGAGCUGGUCCCUGUGUCUGAGAGCUUACAUGGAAACUUUUACAUCGGAGAUGCUUAUGUGAUUCUCUACACUGUCAAACAGAAGGAGAGCUUCUUCUACCAUCUGCACUACUGGCUGGGAAAGGAGUGCAGCCAGGAUGAGAGUGCAGCUGCAGCCAUCUUUACUGUACAGCUGGAUGACUACCUGGGAGGAAAGCCCAUCCAGUACAGAGAGCUGCAGGGGGCUGAGUCAACAGCUUUCACCAGCUACUUCAAGGGAGGGAUCACUUACAAAUCAGGAGGCGUGGCCUCAGGUUUCCACCAUGUGAUCAUCAACGACGUUUCAGCACAGAGACUCCUCCACAUCAAGGGCCGGCGUGUCGUCAGGGCCAUCCAGGUCCCCCUCAGCUGGUCCAGCUUCAACAGCGGAGACUGCUUCAUCGUCGACCUUGGUGAUAAGAUAUAUCAGUGGUGUGGAUCCAAGUGUAACCACUUUGAACGACUGAAGGCAGCACAAGUGGCCAGAGGAAUCCGUGACAAUGAGAGAAAUUGCCGUGCUGAACUGGUGGUCAUAGAGGAGGGAGCUGAACCAUCCAAGAUAACUGAUGUGCUUGGAGUCAAGCCAGAGCUGUCAGAGGGAGAUCAUGAUGAUGAUACAGAGGCAGAUGUGUCCAACAGGAAGAUGGCUAAACUAUACAUGGUGUCUGAUGCAUCAGGAUCCAUGAAAGUUAGCAUAGUCAAGGAGAAAAACCCCUUCCUCCAGAGUGACCUGUUGUCAGACGAAUGUUUCAUCCUGGAUCAUGGCAAAAACAGGAUGAUAUUUGUAUGGAAAGGGCAUAAUGCCAACCCCAGUGAAAGAAAAAAGGCCAUGAAAACAGCUGAGGGCUUCAUCAGACAGAUGGGCUACCCAGCUAACACACAGAUUCAGGUGCUGCCAGAGGGAGGAGAGACUCCCAUGUUCAAACAGUUCUUCCGGGGCUGGAAAGACAGAGAUCAGAGCGAGGGUUUUGGGAAGGUGUUUGUCAGUGAGAGGAUUGCCAGGAUCCAGCAGGUGGAGUUUGACGCCUCCAAGCUCCACGAGUCCCACCACAUGGCAGCCCAGUACAACAUGGUGGAUGAUGGGAGAGGAGACACGCAGAUCUGGAGGGUGGAGAGCAGCAGUAGAGUCCCAGUUGACACAAAGCACUACGGUCAUUUCUAUGGUGGAGACUGUUACAUCAUCCUGUACACUUACGGGAAGAGGCAGAUCAUCUACACCUGGCAGGGAGCCAGCUGCUCUGUGGAUGACCUAACAGCCUCAGCAUUCCUGACUGUAGAAGUGGAUCGUUCACUGGGAGGGAAUGCAGUUCAGGUCAGAGUGUGCCAGGGUAAAGAACCCCCCCAUCUGCUGAGUCUCUUCAAAAAUAAACCCCUCAUUGUAUAUAAGAGUGGUACGUCCCGCCUCGGAGACCAGGCCCCAAAUCCAACCCGACUGUUUCAGGUACGACGGAACCUGGGCACCAUCACCAGAAUCGCUGAGGUGGAUGCCUGUGCAGCCAGUCUGAACUCCAAUGAUGCUUUCCUGCUGAAGAUGGCUGACGGGAGGGGCUAUGUGUGGAAGGGCAAAGGGGCCAGUGUGGAAGAGGAAAAGGGAGCAGAGUACAUGAACAAAGAACUAAACUGCAGCAGCAUUUACAUUACUGAAGGAAAUGAACCAGCUGAAUUCUGGGCUGCAUUAGGGGGAAAGACAGAGUACCAGACCUCAGAAAGACUGGAGAGUCAAAUCAUGACUCACCUUCCUUGUCUGUUCGGAUGUUCCAACAAGACGGGCAAGUUCAUGAUCGAGGAGGUUCCAGGAGAGUUCACACAGGAUGACUUGGCUGAAGAUGAUGUGAUGUUGCUGGAUGUGUGGGAUCAGGUCUUUGUCUGGAUUGGAAAGGAUGCCAACGAGGUGGAAAGGACAGAAUCGGUCAGAUCUGCCAAACAGUACAUAGAGACUGACCCGAGUGGACGGGACAGACUCACUCCUGUGGUGGUGGUGAAACAAGGCCAUGAACCCCCCACCUUCACUGGCUGGUUCCUGGCCUGGGACCCCUCCCACUGGGACUCUGUCACCAGGAGAAUGAAGUCUGUGAAUCUUUAAUACAGAUAUACUGAUCCACAUAGGACAGCUGAAAUACUCUGCUUGAUAUGAUCAGUGUGUUAAAAGCAAUAAAUUCAUCAAUCAUUUUAUUGGAAACUGUUUUUUUAAUCAAUUGAUUUAUGAUUACAUGUAUGAAUAAAAGCCUUUCUGUGUGUUAUAAAGCACUAAGUGUUUACAUACAUAUCAUUCAAAUGAGUCAUUUAAAUGAGUCUGGACCUUGAAAAUAGUAGUAACUGAAGAUCCGCUGAACACUGAAAUGUUCUCAAUAGAUUUAGUGCUUAAUGCUUGUGUCUGGGCUCAGCUUUAGAGGAGAAAUAUGUGUUUGAAUGGAUGUGUCAGCACCUAUCCAAAAGAAAUAAAUGACUCAAAUCAUCAUGGCUAUGUGUUGAA